CAGCAUGGCGAAGGAAUACGAUGUUCUGCUUCGACUAAUGUUGCUUGGAGACUCCGGAGUCGGAAAAACCUGUUUGCUUUGGAGGUUCACGGAUGACGACUUUCACCCCUCUCACAUCUCUACUAUUGGAAUUGAUUUCAAGAUGAAAACACUAGAAAUCGAGGGCGUCAGAGUAAGAGUGCAGAUAUGGGAUACAGCAGGCCAGGAGAGGUACCAGACUGUCACCAAGCAGUAUUACAGGCGAGCACAGGGGAUCCUCCUGGUGUACGAUGUCACAAAUGAACACUCCUUUCAAGACAUUGUCAAAUGGGCCAGUGAUGUCGAUGAGUGUGCACCUGAGCGGGUGAAGUGGAUUCUGGUGGGGAAUAAGUGUGAUGAGGAGGAGAGGAGAAGAGUCACUACUGAACAAGGGAAUAAGUUAGCAAAAACAUACGGAAUGUAUUUCUUUGAGACGAGUGCCUUCAGCAACUACAACAUCAAUGAGUGCUUCACGCGGCUCACGGAACUGGUACUACAUGCCAACAGGAAGGAACUGGACGGUCUGUCGCUGUCCAUUAGUGAUGACCUCAGCUCUGCUGGCCAGCGGUCGGUGGAAGUCAGCCAGAAGGUGGAGGAGAGCGCUGAGAGGACCUGCUCAUGUUAGACAGGAAGUAGCAUCCUCUGCCACCUGACGUACUGUACACCUCUGUAAGGUCACUCAGUUUGGGAGAAUCGAUGUUAUCAGUUCAGUGUGGGAGACUGAUUCCUAAAGAGUCCGGUCAGCUCCACAAUGACCAGUUAUUCAGCGUAGUCAGGGAAUACGCUGCAUGAACUGUUUACUUUUAUAAAAACAUGCCAGACGGCCUGUCCACAAUAAAAGGGCCACAGCCUGCUGUCCCUGUUGUUGCGCAGGUUCAACAGUAGGGGGCAGUAGCCUGCAUUUUCAUAAUGCCUGCAGUUGGUGAAUGUGUUCCUUUAAGUAAUACGCCUGUUUAGGACAGUUUGAAAAGACAGGCCAGAUGUGACGUCCCUGUGUUUGUGUCACCUGUCGGAAACAUCUGCCCUGAGUGUGUGACACAGACUACUGAUCUCUCGUGGACACACCUAUUUAUGAAUGUAUUUCCUCCUGCAUUACGUUGUGUUUUUACUUGUGUACUAAUACUGUCUGUCAUGUGCUGCCUGCUGUGUCUGUUACAGGACACUCUGAUGUCCAGUGGUCACUCAUUAUUAAGUAUAUGUUGUCUUUGUUUACAAUGGAAAUAAAAAACACGUUUUCAAUAAUA